UGUUCUGAGAAUUGCUCUGACGUUGUUGAGGCCGACGCAUCACCUAACAGUUUCCUUCUUCUGACGCGGAAGAUUAAUCAUUAGUUCGAGUGUUUCAUAACAUCUUUGCAAGGAACGUGACAGUUAAUCGUUGGGCGUUACCAAACAUUGUCAACGUUUUCCUCCAAACGAGUGACUUCAGUGAAAAAGAUUGUUCGAUUGGAUAACUCACUCACAGGAUUAUUAUUUACUGAUACUUGUUCCUUUACUUGGUAGAUCGUCGUCGUUGAUUGUUUGAAACCACCAAAGCCAGGAGAGACAAAAUGAGCUACGGAUAUCAAGGACCGCCAGUGAUCCAGUUUCCAGGACGUGGACCACCACCAACAUCGUUUGGGGUUCCACCUGGUACACCUUCUGCCCCCGGUGCUCCACCAUAUUCGCAAACCACUAACACUGGCUUUUCAAACGCCCCUCCAGUUUCAUUUGGCAUGCCUCAACCACAUUCUCCAUAUGCUUCUUAUCCAAUGCAACCAACUCCAAUGCAACCAACUCCAAGCGCAACCAAUCCUUCUCAGUUUCCACAACAAAUGCCAUAUCCUUCUCAAGCACAAUCAAAUGUAUAUCCUCCGCAACCACAAUCAAAUGUAUAUCCUCCUCAACCACAAUCAAAUGUAUAUCCUCCUCAACCUCAAUCAAAUGUAUAUCCUCCUUCAUCGAUGCCUUAUCCUUCCUCUUCGUAUCCAUCUUCUUCCAUGCCAGAAUCUUCUUACUAUCCGCAACAACAAAAUUCUAUUUACCCUAAUAUUCCGCAAGAACAAAAUGCACAUCGCUUUGGAGAUAGAAAUUCGUCUUCUUUUUCAAACCCUAAUAUGUCAUUGUCAUCUAAUUCAGCACCAUAUCCUGGUGGCAGCAAUCUCGGGGGGCAGGGGUUAGCAAAUGUAUACUCUCAUUAUGGUGUUAAUUUAUCUUCGGCAUCUGGUCGCAUUGCCCAAGCCCCCCGGAGCUGCAAUACGAAUAAGUUAUCGCCCACAGUGGUACCAUACAAUGGCUUUGAUGCCAGAGCUGAUGCAGAAGUUAUAAGGAAAGCUAUGAAAGGAUUUGGUACCGAUGAAAAAGCUAUUAUCAAUGUUCUUGCCAAUCGGAGUAACUUGCAGCGACAAGAAAUUGCUUCGCAAUUUAAAACCCUUUAUGGAAAAGAUAUGAUUAAGGAUUUAAAAUCUGAAUUGUCUGGGAACUUUGAAAAACUGGUUCUUGCUAUGAUGAUGCCCCUACCGCAAUUUUAUGCCAAAGAACUGCACAAUGCCAUGGCCGGUAUUGGUACGGACGAAUGCGUACUUAUUGAAAUAUUAUGUACAAUGUCAAACCACGAAAUUCGUAUUAUCAAGGAAGCUUACGAAGCUAUGUAUGGUAGAAGUUUAGAAGAUGAUUUAAGAUCGGAUACAUCUGGGAAUUUCAAACGCCUAAUGGUUUCAUUGUGCUGUGCCAAUAGAGAUGAAUCAUUUGACGUAGAUCCAGCUAGUGCCUUAGAAGAUGCCAAAGUUCUCUUACAAGCUGGUGAGCUACGAUUUGGAACUGACGAAUCGAUGUUUAAUGCAAUCCUUGUUCAGAGAAAUGUACCUCAACUGAAACAAAUUUUCCGAGAAUAUGAAGGAAUAACUGGACAUACCAUAGAAGCUGCUAUAGAAAAUGAAUUUUCAGGGGACAUAAAAAAAGGUCUCCUUGCUAUUGUCAAAUGCGUGAACAACAGAGCUGCUUUCUUUGCCGAACAAUUAUACAAAAGCAUGAAAGGAUUGGGAACAGAUGAUAGCCGUCUAAUUAGAUUGGUCGUUACACGUUGCGAAGUUGACAUGGGAGAAAUAAAAGAAGCAUUUAAGAAUGAGUAUGGUGAAUCGCUGGAGGAUUUUAUAUCUGGUGAUUGUUCUGGACAUUACAAAAAAUGUUUGUUAGCUCUUGUAUCUUAAACUCUAAUUGCACGAGAAUCAAUUUCUUCAACUUCUUCGCAUUUAUCAAAGAUCUGCAAGAAUUUCGAGUUUCUUUUAAUAUUUAUAUAUCUGUACGAAAUUGAAAUUGAUAUGGAUAUGCACUUUUAAGUAACAAUGUUCCUAUGCUUAUUAAUUGCUACGAAAAAUGUUACAAAAUAUGCUGCAAAUUGUGCCAAUCUUCCCAAUGAAUCUUUAUAAAAAAAAAAAAA